AUGGAUGUCUCUAGCAUUACCAAGGGAUACAAGGAUGAACAGGAUGAUCCUAAAGUAUAUGGCGACCUUUGGUUGCUCUUGAAAAGCGAUCCUUCUUGUACUAGAGCUGUCCUGAAUGAUGAUGUUGUGCUGGCGCAUCUGGGCAAUGUGAUUGUUUCGCUGAGCUCCAAAUGUGUUUUCAAGCGAUUGGUGAUUAUCAGUGUAUUGAAUUUUACAUCUGUGUCGGCUCUCAAGGGCGAUGUCGCUUCCAAGGUGUUAUCUGCAGCAAUUGAAACUAUCACAAGUGUAGAAGCUGAACCUUACGCUAUAAACGUGUGUCUUCGUACCAUCAAUGCCAUAUUGUCUGUGUGCGAAGGCGAACAAAAUAUCGAGUUUUUGUUAAAAAACAGCGAAUAUCUCAAUGAGAUUGUGAAGACCAGGCAGAAUGCCUCGAAUCUAAUGGACCUCGUGUAUUUGGUAUCAACUCAUCCAUGGGUGAGUAAAGUAGAUGCCGAGAAUUGGUUAAAAGAGUUGGACAAUACUGGAAUUUUGUGGUGGUUGCGAAAAAAUCUAGCGCAUGCCAAGAAACUGGAUUUCUUGGAAGUUAUUUUCGAGAAAAACAUGCGGUCCAUCAGAAGUUCUCGCGUGGAGUUUCUUCAAUCUACUGCUCGUUCCUUGGAUAUUUGCAAAGCUUUGCAGUUUUGUUCUUUGUCUAACUUUGCUGCUUUGCUCCCUACUUGUUCCAUAAGUGAACACACAGAGCUAGUUCGCUCACUGAAUUUACAACUCAGAGUACACUCAAAUAUUUCGGACUCUAAACUUCUAGAAUACUUGACAAGGCCAACGAUUGAUCCGACAAACUACUGGCCUCGUCUUUUCUCCCAUGAAUUGGACACCGUCCACGAAAUGUGGAUCAGCCCGUCGCGGACCAUGUAUAUUCACGCGCUCAAGGUUUACAUGCAUGAGUUCGCACGAUUUAGCCAUGACGUUGAGGGUUUCUUGACAUUGGUAAAAUCGAGAUUCACCGAACAGGAUGGUCGCUUACAUGGUCAUAGCAAGUACGCCAGUCAAACCUUUCAGUUGAUAUCGAUUGAUGACACGCAUGAAGUCAACCUGAAAAUCAAUACAAAGAAACUAUCUGAAGGACAGGACUUUUUGAGCGAAUGGAAUAAAUUCCACAGACGCCUCAUAAUACUUCUGAACACGGCUGGUGACAAGAUAUGUGGUCGCAUUCAAAGAGUCUCGAAAGAUCAAGACGUUAUCGAUGCGACAUUGAAGGCACAAGAGAAUACUAAUCCGAAAAGUGUUCAUCUUGUGUGUACACUCAAUGAGGAGCUUGAGACGAGGUUAAUGCAGCUGCAAAGUCUCUUAGAAAAUGCAUUAGUCAACGACGAUAUUUGGCAAGAAGCUACAAUGGGCUCGUUGGUUGGAAAGGCAAGCACUCGUUCAUCUGUUCUCGUAUCAAACAUAUUCUCGACCAGUCACCAACUAGAAGAUUAUCUGGGUAUAGAAGUUGAAGCGAACAACGAAGAGCAGAACAAGAAAAGGAGACGCAAAGCAGACCUCAACUGUGCCGUGAAUAUAGACUUUGAAAAGAAAAGCUAUGCUAGGACAGAGUUCGAACCGAGCAAGCCAGAGCUUGGUUUAACCGAAGCACAGCUACAGUUAAUAAUGCGCGGCCUACGGGAACAUUUGUCCGUCAUCAACGGUGAGGUAGGAACAGGUAAGUCAACCGUUCUUGCGUCAAUUCUAGACAGUCAGUUUCUGAACUCACGUUUUGACAAAUCGAACGGAAAGACGAUUAUGGUCUGCGAUACAGAAGAGAUGUGCCGUAAAAUGGGAAGUCUUCUGAAAAUUGUGCCCCCAGAAUCAGUUAUCUGCUGGUCAGAAAAUAUCGAAGCUGAGUACGAAAAGAAGAAAAGCCAAAUUGCAAGGCUGUUGUCCCGCGUUCAAGAGAUAGCAGAGGCGCUUAAAAUACACGGAAAUUUCUCCUGCACUAUUGAUGCUGCAUUCACCCUUUUCGACUAUCAUUUAAAGCCAAUGUUGGAAGACUUUGCUGGUAACUAUCCGGACAAAUUGAAGGCAUCAGAUUUUCCUUUAAUCAACGCCAGUAACGAAAUCAAGAAGGAUCCCUUUCCCCGGAUCAUUGCGAGCAGUCGUGAAGUAUCAGACAUUUUUGAAAGCUUGGACCAGUGGCGCUCUCUUAACCUUCCUGGCGAUGCAAGGAAAGCACUUUGGGAAAACUGUGACCUUGUUUUAGUACCCAAAGCCCAAUUGACUCAUAUCUUGGUGAAAGAACAUUAUAAAAUGAACCAUUUCCAGAAUUUGGUGCUAUGCAACGCCAACUUUUUCCAACCCUUGGAAAUCUGGCAAGCCUUGAGUGGGCGGGUUCAAUGGAGCAACAUUGUCAUUACUGGCGACUUUUUCAAUGGACCAGUGCCUUUCACUCUUCAGCAGUACAUUGACGAAGAAUUGAAUUUUCCUCGUUUAGUCACAAAUUUUGACACCAACCACGAUAUUCUCAAGCUCCGUUCCCCGCAGGUGUCAAAAAGUCAUGCAGUUCCUGGGCUUGGAGCUCCUUUGCAGAUUAUUGGAAUAUCCGGAGAAAUAGCCCGGAAUAAUGUUUGCUGGGAUGAAGCCGAAUACUGCGUGCUUUUAUAUGCCUACCUUCGAACGAUAGGCUAUCCGGCUCAAUCGAUUAGCAUUAUCACCCUUUCUCCUUAUCAAAAGAGUGCCGUCGAGAUCGAGUUGCAGAACCUCUUGCAGAGCCCAGGUUUUAAGAAACUUUCCAAACCAAAAUGCAUCAACGUGAUGUAUCAAAAUUACUCUCACCGAAAUCAAGUGGUUAUUAUCACCACGAGUGGAAUUCCAUUUAACGUCCACGAUCUAUCACGGACGGCUAAAGACAGUCUUCUUAUUCUCACCUCCAGGACCAUCAAAGAUCAUCUUCAAAUUGUCGAUGGUGAAAAGUUCCCCAUUACGAAGCCCAAAGAUAAACGUCAAGUGAUGGAAAUCAAAAGUCUGGAAAAUCUGAAAUCCAAAAUCAAAGCAUUACAAAAGGCUCAGAGACCGGAGAAAUGA